UCCUCCGUCGUCUUGAGAGCUGUCAGCAGUUCAAAACCCCUCACUUGUUAUGCCCGCUUACCAUCAGUUGUAAGUUGCGGAGUAAAGCAUUAUUCAACAAAUCAUGAUGCUGAUGUUGUCGUCAUCGGAUCAGGACCUGGUGGUUACGUAGCUGCCAUCAAAGCAGCACAACUUGGUUUCAAGACUGUCAGCGUAGAAAAAAAUGAAACCCUUGGAGGAACUUGCCUCAAUGUUGGUUGCAUUCCAUCAAAGGCUUUACUUCAUAACUCUCACUACUAUCACAUGGCACACUCAGGAGAGCUGGCUGAGAGAGGAAUUGAAGUUGCCGACGUGAAGUUAAACUUGGACAAAUUAAUGCAAGUUAAAAAGAAUGCUGUCAAAUCGUUAACAGGAGGUAUCUCUCAUCUCUUCAAAUCCAACAAGGUGACGGAACUUCAUGGUCAUGGCAAAAUCCUCAACCCCAAUGAGGUAGCUGUUUUGGGACCGGAUGGCACUGUGACUGACACCAUCAAAACAAAAAAUAUUGUCAUCGCCACUGGUUCUGAAGUUACUCCUUUCCCAGGAAUUGAGGUGAAUGAAGAGACAAUCGUUUCCUCCACGGGAGCACUCUCCCUCAAGAAAGUUCCUGAAAAGCUCGUAGUCAUUGGUGCUGGAGUCAUUGGAUUAGAGCUUGGCUCCGUCUGGGGAAGGCUUGGUUCCCAAGUCACUGCCAUUGAAUUCCAAAACGCCAUCGGAGGGGUUGGUAUUGACGGAGAGGUAGCUAAAACUUUCCAGAGAAUCUUAACGAAACAAGGAAUGGCUUUCAAGCUCGGCACAAAAGUUGUGGGAGCAACACAAGAAGGCAGCAAUAUUAAAGUUCAAGUAGAAAAUGUUAAGAAAGGAACUCAAGAAACUCUCGACUGUGACGUAUUAUUAGUCUGCGUCGGAAGACGUCCAUACACGAAUAACCUAGGAUUGGAAGAAUUAGGAAUUGAGCGCGAUGAGAAGGGAAGAAUACCUGUCAAUUCCAGGUUCCAGACCGUCAUUCCCAACAUCCAUGCAAUUGGAGACUGCAUUCAUGGACCCAUGUUGGCCCAUAAAGCCGAAGAUGAAGGAAUCGUCUGUCUUGAGGGUAUUGCUGGAGGACCUGUACACAUUGAUUACAACUGCGUACCCUCAGUCAUUUACACUCACCCUGAGGUUGGCUGGGUUGGCCGAACAGAGGAAGAUCUCAAGAAUGACAAAAUUGAAUAUAAAGUUGGAAAAUUCCCAUUCGCAGCCAACAGCCGAGCGAAAACGAACAACGAUGUCGAUGGUUUUGUGAAAGCUCUAGCCGACAAGUACACUGACAAGUUACUUGGCUGUCAUAUCAUUGGACCUGGUGCUGGAGAACUGAUCAAUGAGGCUGUAUUAGGAAUGGAAUAUGGUGCAUCAUGUGAAGAUAUUGCUAGAGUUUGCCAUGCUCACCCGACAUGUUCUGAAGCAUUGAGAGAAGCAAACCUGGCCGCUUACUCUGGAAAAGCCAUCAACUUCGGUUAAUCAAUCUAACAAAUCCGCUGAAAGUCUGGUUUCAACACCAUCCACACAUCAAGGAAAAAAGAAAAGUAUAUUAAUAUCAACGGUUUCUCCCAACACUGCUAGCUUUAAAGUUCCAUAAAUCUGUGCACUUCCUCAGCCUUUUUGCAUUUUCACCCUGUACUUAUUUCUUGCUUUUGUCAUCAAAGUAAAAAGAAUGAAUGUAUAGGCUAGUAUAUCUUUGCUCUACAUGAUACUCUCAGAUACCUAAGUCCUGUCUAAUGACCGCACUGUAAAUCCUUCAAGUCCAGAAUUAUGAAUUUUUAUUGUAAAAUCUACUUAUUCAUUUUACAUACUUUCAUCAGGGUCAUGCUAACUUCUUCCAUAAAUUAUUUUUUCCAGUGAGCUAAUUUUUAAAAUUGAUAGAUAAAGCGAUAGGCAAAGAGAUAAUGAAGCAAUCCUAUUGGUUGAAAUGGGUGGUCACAAUGGACAAAUGAGGUAAGUACCUAAUAGACUGACUAACAUCAACUUAGGAGAGACCCUAUAGUUAGUCCAACAUUUACUCUUCUAGUUUUUUUAACAACCACCUGAUUCAACAAAUCGGAUCGCUCCAUUUUCGCUUUGUCUUCAUUGUCUAUCGAUUUCAAUGACCUGCUUGCAGUGGAGUUAAAGCUUAUAAUUUGUGCCAUGGAAAGUAGUUAGCACUGAAUUUUGCCAGAAAGCCCUGUAAAAUGAUCACCUAAUCAUUAACGCCUUUUAGCCUUGUAUAAUUUUAAAAUAUAUAUUUGUCUUUUUUCCUGCUGUUUAAUUUAAAGAAUAAUCCUUCCAUGAAGGGUGCCAUCUUUUAAAUUAAAGGUUAUUAAAUUUGUGAGAGACGCGUUUACUUUUUAUUUUCACCAGUUAAUAUUCUUGCGGAAGGAUGUGCAGGUUUCUUCCAUACCUUGUAUGUCUUCAGUUUUUAGGCAAGUAAAUCCUACAGUAUGUCACUUCUAUGAAGAAAGAGCAUAUUAAAAUCUAUUCAUAAAAUGUCUUGUGCUUGAACCAAGAAUAACUUUUCCUGUUAUCAUUUGAAUUUAUCCAAUAAAGUUUCUCUCCUCAGAUUAAUCUUCUGUAUAUAUUAAGUACUUCAUGACUUGAAUAAGAAGUUUCUCCAGGGGUGAAUGAAUAGAGUAACUUAGAUUUAAAUAUAAUUGUUUCUCAGGUAGACAAUUAAUCACUAUAUUUAAGGCUCUGUUACUGUAUACUUUCAUUUCGAAAUUCAACUUCAAAAAUUUUAAUUGUCAUACACUUUCGUAAUGAAGAAUAAAAAUCUACUUAAAAUUCUAAGCCAAAUUGCAUCAGUCAUUUAAGACAUUGUUACUUUCUAUCCAAUCAUUUUCCAAGUUUCUUAUCAAUUGUUUUAUUUUGAAGAUUUUUGCGUCUUUAGUUACUCGGAGAUAAUGAAGAAAUGAAGUAGGGAGUACCUAUUGUUAGGAACACCUCGUUCUCAUAACAGAGCUGUAGUUUUGGCUUUGAAUACGUCAUUUUAUGCAAUGAGUGCAGGUGCCUAACAGUUACAAAACUGUAAACCAUGUUAACAAUUACUGACAUGCGCUCAAUAUUGUGCAAGUCAGUAAUUAUGUACGUGGUUUACGUUUUUGAACUUCUCAGCGUGGUUCUCUGGAGUAAUUUUAUUUUUCAACAAGUAUUUUACUUUAAAAAAUUGCACCGAUUACCUCUGAGUUCCACCAAUAUUUCCUAGAAACAUUUCCAACCAAGUAAAAUUCUAUCCACAUACUAAAUAAUGAGUAUUUUAAUCCCCAUUUCUUUAAAUGCUAAUAGGAAAAGGUUGAUAUGUAAUUGUGUAAAUACUGGUUUUAACUGUAAAAUUUUGUCUGAAUUUUACUAUGUUCUGUUAUUAUUGUUAUGUGAGAAUAUUCUCUCAAGUAUUACAAAAUUAUUUGUAAUUUGGUUAAUAAAAAGAGUCGAAGUGAGUACCGGUGAA